GAGUUAUCUGGAAUAAAUUACAAUAAUAAUAGUAUUGCAAUAGUAACAAUCACAACUGAAAUACACAACAAUGCAGGCGAAUGCUUUUCACAAGAUGUUACUACUGCUUCCACUGGCGUUUUAUCAAUCAACAAAUGGUAUGGAAUGGAAUUACCUGAAGAAUGGCAAGGACUGGGAGGACCUCUGCUCCACCGGAAAACACCAAUCGCCGAUUUUGUUGGAUACUAAAACCGCACACAAGUUGGUCUCACCUCCGAUCACUUUCUGGAACUAUUAUAAGCUGCUUAAGCGUCCGUUUUACAUCAGAAACAAUGGACACUCCAUUAGCUUAGACAUUCCCGUGACGAGCAAUGGAAGGAAGCCCUUUAUAACCGGCGGCCGUUUGAAGGGUCGCUACUUUGCCGAUGGACUUCACUUCCACUGGGGUUCCUACAAAUCCCCCGGAUCCGAGCACUCGAUUAACAAGCGCCGAUACGACGCUGAAAUCCAUAUCGUCCAUCGGAACGAGAAGUACAAAAAUAUUGCGGAAGCCGUCCGUCAUAAGGAUGGCUUGGCUGUGGUCGCAAUCAUGGUUUCCAUUGUUAGGAAAGACAAUGCAAAAUCCACACCCUUGUCCAAGCUCAUGGAGGCAGUCGUGCGGGUGCCGAUUGAAAACUCCAACGCCACUCUUUUUGGCCAAUCAAGCUUGGAUCAGUUGAUCGGGGGUGUGAAGCACAAGGACUUCUUCACCUACGAAGGCUCACUGACCACGCCCCUUUGCGACGAGACUGUCUCCUGGAUUGUUUUCACCGAGAUUACGACCGUCACCAUUUCGUCCGUCUCAAAGUUUUGGCUGUUGCGAGACCACUGGGGCAACAGGCUGAUCAACAAUUAUCGGAUUGUCCAAGGUCUAAACGAUCGCACUGUGUUCUAUAGGACGGCCAGAUCUUCGAAAUCAUAAAUAUAUACCAAGGGCUACAAUCUCGAACAAUCACCCAAAGUCCCAGCCACGGAUUAGGAAAAAGUGGGACAAAGAGCAAAGACGAAGGUUUCCGCAGUGCAAGUCGAUCCAGAUGCUAUUUGAGUUUUGCUCAAGUUGUUACAACAGCUGUUAGUCUUUCUAUCAAGUUGUGAUAGAAGCACACCUUUAUUGAACAAUCAAAAAUCUAUAGUUUAGUUAAAGUGUGUAUGUAAAGUGCAUUAAUCUGAAGUAUAAGUAGUAGUAGUGUCAACAAGAGAGGUAGUCUGGGUUAUUAGUAUUAGUAUUGGUUACCCAAGAUCAGUAAGGGCAAUGCCUUGGUUGAACAAUCAGAUAAGCGCCUAAUGAGUUUACCUGCCAUCCAGACAGGUAAUUUAGCAAUUGCGCUGAUAGAUU